GACGGACGUCCGGCUGCUUGCUGCCUGAUUUUUUCGACCACUCAGCUCAGAUUAGCCCCGCGCCGCCAGCUAGUUUCACUGACGCUGGCUCUGCAUCAUAUCAGGGACCAAUUCGUGGAGAUUUAUUCUGACAAAUCGUUUAAAUCCACAGAUCUCCAGAUUUUUUGAUCAGCUGUCCAGCUUGUAUGAGGAGUGUAACUAACAUCCAUCAAAAUGGGCCUAUUCAGUAAAAGAGGCAGUCUAAAUCUCUCAAAGGCCGAAGCAUCCAACCGGGUCCAAGACCAGAUUGAUCCAAACUUUGAGAAGCCGGACAAUCAUUUGGACACCUGGGCAUACACUGUUGAAGAUGAAGACACGUUGGAGACGGAGCUCUCCCUCGGGAACAGCCAUCGUGUUGUUCAGGAUGGCGACGAUGAUCCACCGGGUUGGUCCGGGAUGCAAGCCUCGAUGGAUGAUGCGGGUAGUAUGAACUUUAUCCCUGGCAUAGCAACUGACCAAAAGGGCGCAAUCACAGACUUUGAGGACGGCAGCAAAGGGUGUUGUGCCCAAUGCCGAUACUCCUGCAGAAUAGCUUUCAGACCCUGCACCACCAAGCACAACCCUCUUCCGCACAACCCUUCCAGGUGGAGACGAUUCAAGUUUGCUUUUCUCUGCCCUCCUCAUGGUACUGUUGGCAGAACUGUGACUUAUCUGAUACUUGUGUUGCUGCUCUGGGCAGUACUGUUCACCAUAACAGGGGCUGAAGCGUUACCGGGCGGCAAUCUUUUCGGAAUCUAUGUACUUGUUAUCACCAGUAUUGUUCUGGGGCUGUUGGUGAACACAAUUCUUAGGCUUCCAGCCCUUUUAGGUAUGCUAGCUGCUGGUUUCAUUCUUAAGAAUGUCCAAGCGAUCGACAUAGCCAACGACAUCUCCCGCGAUUGGGCCAGUGCUCUUCGUAGCAUCGCUCUUGUGGUAAUCCUCCUGCGUGCUGGACUUGGUAUCAACGCCAAGGCUCUUCGAAGGCUGAGUUUCGUGUGCCUCAGGCUCUCCUUCGUACCGUCUAUCCUGGAGGCAACGAUCGUAGCUGUCGCCUCUCACUUCUUCCUAGAUUUCCCCUGGGAGUGGGCUUUCAUGUUGGGGUUUGUCUUGGCCGCUGUUUCUCCUGCCGUGGUGGUUCCAUGUCUCCUGGUCCUGCAGAAGGGAGGCUAUGGAUCCAGGAAAGGCAUCCCGACCCUCACCAUAGCUUCCUGUAGCCUGGACAAUGUCCUGUGCAUCAGUGCUUUCGGAGUCGCCAUGGGGAUAUCUUUCUCAUCAGGUAGUCUCAUUUUGAAGAUUUUCCAAGGUCCUUUAGAGGUUGUUAUAGGUGUUUGUUUUGGAGUAUUUGCUGGUGUUCUACUCUGGUUUAUUCCAAGCAAAGACAUGAAAACCCUGACGAAUCUUCGGUUUCUGUUCCUGUUCUGUGGUGGUUUGUUUGCCGUGUUUGGUAGCACCGCAGCAUCCUUUCCCGGCGCUGGAGCACUGGGAUGUCUCACCCUUGCUUUCAUGGCUUCUCUAGGUUGGAAGGACGAGAAGGUGGCAGUUGGAAAUCUGAUUGGUGCGGUCUGGUGGCUGUUUGAACCAAUCCUAUUUGGUCUCAUCGGAGCAGAGGUUGCCAUCGAGUAUUUAGACGGACAAACAGUGGGUCUUGGAAUAGCCACUCUUAUCCUGGGAUUAGUGAUUCGUAUUGCAGCAACAUGGUUGUCUGUUCUUGGAGCCGACUUCAACAAAAGAGAGAAGCUCUUCAUGAUCUUUACUUGGUUCCCAAAGGCUACUGUCCAGGCUGCAUUGGGACCAUUAGCCCUUGAUGAAGUCAUGAAACAAGGCAUAGUGGAUGAAACAGAUGAAGCAAACCAACUCAGAGGAAUACAACUCUUGACCAUAGCCGUGUUGAGCAUCCUGAUCACAGCACCCAUUGGUGCCAUCCUCGUCACGCUCUGCGGCCCAAAACUCCUGGAGAAAGAGACUAGACCCUCUACAGUCAGCCACCCAUCAGGGGAGCUUGGGGCGGUGCCAGGGGAUGAAAGGGAGGAGCUUGGCGCGAGGCAGAGGCUAACAGCCGAGGAGCAAUACUGACCCUGGUCAAGUGAGAGAUUGAUCCAGGUAAUGUAUUGUUGCAUGCAUCAUCCAUCUGUUAUCUGUUUAAUCACCAUGCAUUCAUCAAGGCAUUUUUAUCUUCAGUGCCGCUUUCAACCCAGGACUCAAAUGGGAACCGGGGGCCCGUAACACAACACUAAGCAAUGAUGGUAGAACAUUUUUCUACGAUUGAUUCCAUUGACUACAAUGUAUAAAUCAAUCGUAAAAAUCAAGCGUACGAUCAAUCGAUAACCUUUGUGUUACAGGACCCUGGUGUAGAAAGCAGCAAUUAAGUGAUUUUAAGGCAUGCUUUUCAUCCAUUGUUAUUCCAUUAAUUGGAAGUUUUUAAGGAUUGAGUUUAAUUCCAAUGUUCCAUUUCCACUGUUACAGUACCAAGUAGCAUUUUUUUUUAACUUGCUUUGACACUCUUAUAAACAAUACAUCAGAUUUGUUUGACGGAAUAUCUCUGCUUUUCAGUCUAUUUUCUUUUCUAUUUGAGAUAUAUGAUUAUAGUGAGUCAAGAAUGGUAAAUAUUACUUUGAAUGAGUACCCUUAUUUCAAACAAAAAGCGAUGUUGUGUUUGUCCAUCAUAACGGUAAUCACAUACAUGUAUGAGAUGAUGAUGUCAGUCAAAUGCUUAUAGAAUAAACUUUAGGAUUGUGAUAGAUCAAACACUUUCAGUGGAGCUUCACAAGUGGGAAUCUGUACGUUGCAAAUAGAAAACACUAAAAUCUAUUUGAGGAAAAAUCAGUGCUGCCUUUUGAUUAUCCAUCAACUACAUUUCAUGAUACAAAUAUUUGUUAUAAGCUAUUUAAAUCCCUGCAUCUGAUUGGCCCAUAACGGAAUUUACAGUGAAAACCACCUUGUUCAGCCUCUCUUCCUUUCCUUUUCUUUCUAUCUUUCUUUGUGACCUAUUUAUUUUAUGAAAUACUCUCUUGUAAAUACCAAAUUCACUCAGAUGAGAUUGAUGCAGGAGAACUAGACCUACAAUCUUCAAUAAAAGAGGGCAGUAAUCAUUUUAACUACACAUGCUCUCAUAUAAGAGUAGAGUUACGAGAUCUUGUUCAGGCUAAAAAGUACCAGACAAUUAUUUUCCGCGUUCAUAUUGCCCCGAAGCACACCCUUUCUCAGUAAAUUCCUGAAGUUCUGAGCAAGCGUAGUAAAUAGUCUGAUUAGCAGGUGAGGCAAGUACGACAAUACGCCAGACGGUGGCCUGUACUUAUAGAGAAGAAGAAGAAGAAGAAGAAGAGGCGAAGGCGCCAACGUUCACCUGCUCGCUGGAUGGAGAAAGUUCUUGUCAUUUGCUUUCACACUUCCGAAAUCCCCAUGACCGUGGAAAAAAUCCCUGCAAAAUUCAUCAUAUAAUGCUGGCAAGAACCUACUAUUCAGCAGGUAUUUUAUUUUGGGGAUUUCACACUUAGCUUGCUAUCACAUUGGCAAAAAAACUUUGUAUUUUCUGACCGGGGUUGAUCAGGGCAAAUUUCUCGAUCAGAGAAUAUCUGGAACUGACAAACUUUGAGCCGCUUUGAAAACGCCUUAUGAUACCCAGGAUAUAAGACCAUUUUUGUCUGUUAUGUUGUCAGAUCUGACAACUUCCCCCUGAUUUUAAUUGACCGAGAAGCGCUCUUACUAUGGUAACUGUCGAAUAAAACGGGACUUGUCGGAUAAAACGUCCUUUUAUAAAAUGCUCCCCUGGCUGUGUCCAACUUCCGAUGAGACUGCAUUGCAAUGUAUUGGUUUUUAAAAAUCUGUUCAUUUCCUAAAAUGUACUGUAUGAACUCUCCAACUAAUUUUAAAAUCUCUGUGUGUACAACUUUUGUAUUUACAUCUAAACCUUAGUUUUAUCGUUCUUACAUGUAUUUUUCUCCAUUGUACAUAAUAUUCGUGAGCAAUUUUCAUUUUGACAAGCCAUGUCAACCUCAUUCAUUGUUUUCUUAAGUGUAUUCAUUGUUUCAAUUUCUGUUCAGUAUUGUUACCACACAUACUUGUACAUAUGUAUAUACUCCUGUAUUUUUAGGAAUCAUUGUGUUUUAUUAUGUGUAUGUACAUGUAUAUGUAAUGUAUGAGAAUGCAAUAUCUUAUGUUAUUGUGCAAGUGUAUUGUCAAUUUAUGAGUCUUCAUAAUGAUAUCGGUUAAGUGUGCAAGUCUUUCUUGAAAGAGUAAAUUUCUUUCUUUCUCUAGUAGAAUGAAUGUUUCUAUUUCUAAUACCUAUCAUGAACUUUGUAAUUCUAAUUCACAUCUAUCUAUCUUUCGAUCAAACAUAUUUUAAGACAUAAACAUGCAAUACAAUUUAAGAAAUAAAUGCUUUACCCUGCGGUGUGGAAAAUAUA